GCCAGCCUGAGUGAACGCGCGCGGAUGCUUCCUCGGCGCCCUCCGUCGCCGCGCAAACGGCGCUGGCCGCCGCCGUCAGGCUGCAAUGGGGGUCCGCUCCCCGGCCUGUGGAUCUGGCACCCGCGCGCCAGAUCUGCGGCUCCCGAGCCCGUGCUUCGCGCGCGUCCGCGAGAUGGCCUCUUCCAGGAGCUGGCGAUGAGGAAGGCGCUGCUGCGGGCGAAGGGCGAGAAGGUGCACGACGACCUGGGCCGGCUCCGGAAGGCUCAGAAGGCGCUCGACCUCAAGAAGAAGAAGGGCAAGGAGAAGUGGGCGGAGCGCAAGGAGCACGACCUGAGACAAGUCAAGGAGAGCAGCAGGAGAAGCGCAGAGAGAACCUGCAGGGCAGAAGAAGCAAGAAGAAAGAGGCGGGGAAGAAGCGGGCCGGCUUCGAGGGGAAGAGCAGCGGGUUCCUGAACUCGGAGAAGUGAGCGGUGGCAGCGGUUGUCGAAUGGCUCCGGGGAAGGGAGCGGCCUCCCUCCUCCUCACACGCUCCGCUCCUGCGAGGGAGUGUCAGGGGUGGGAACGGCAGGCCCCGUUGCCUCGGAACCACACCGCUGCCGGUGUAAGGCUCACGCUCGGCGCCUGUCCCGGACCGCCCCUCUCUCCUGACGGUGGCGCCCGGGCCGGCCCGCGUUUUCCCCCUCCGCUCUGCGGGCGGUCUGUGCCCUAGGCCCCGUGCAGCCCUGCAUGGGGGCGAGAAAGGGGCGUCGGCGCG